AUCACAAAGUGACUUAUCAUUUCUUAGAGCACAUUUUAGUGCCGUUUCAACGCGUUGCUAUAACUUCCGUUUUGUCUGUCUGCCGCUUUUGGCGCCUUCGCAUUUCACUCAUCACCCAAUGAGUUCCCGGAGGUCGACAGUGUCUCGCUUGUUUAGCAGGAAAACAAAGAAUGGCGACGACGGAGACCAAACGAACGACACAACGUCAACGUUCCGCGCGAAAAAACGCUCGAUUUUCAGCCCGGACAGCGUGAGGAACAAAGUCUUAACAGAAGGGAGGUCUGCACGCAACCUCGUUACCUGGUCAGUACCGGUAAGCACGAACGAGUCGAAACCGAGGUCGAAACGAAAGAAACCGAGGAAAUUUGGAGAAUUACAGACACUGGAGCGAGUGGGCGUGGUUACUCCGGCUGUCAUGGUGACGUACAGUGGACCUGCUGAGGCGGUGAAGAGAACUGGAGGUGGUGGUGGUGGUGGUGAUGCUGUCCGUUUGAGUCGAGACUUGAAGGCUCGUUACUGGUCAUAUUUGUUUGAUAAUUUGCAGAGAGCGGUUGAUGAGAUUUAUGCUACUUGUGAGAUGGAUGUCAGUGUGGUUGAGUGUAAGGAAGUGAUUAUGACAUUAGACGUGUGUAGACGAGACUUCCAGUCUCUGAUAGACAGGAUCAAAGUCCAAGAGGCAUUUGAGAAAGCCGACAGUGCAGACAGACCAACAUCGCUCGCUUGGGAGGUCCGUAAAACGUUACCAGGAAAGUCUUUUCAUUCUUCUUCUCAAGAUAGACACACAAGCCAACCGACGUCUCCAGCUAUAGACCGACGGUCAACCGUAUCUGCGGACUCCGAACAAAAACAAGCGACAAUUUCGUGGGCUGACAGAGUGAAGGGAGUCAAACCCGUCGGCAUUAAAAUCCAACCAACGUGUACGGAAUUGAUCCCUGAUGUUGGCCAGACGUCAAACAAAGAGAAAGAGAUCCCGAUUGCAGUGGAAACGAAUUACAGUGUUGUGGACACCGAUGGUGGCGAAGGUUGGGAGACGGUUAGAAGGAGCCGUGCAGGACGAGGAGCAAGACGACGACUAGAGAAUGAAGAUCAGUUCAGAGCUGAAGCAUCAAGUGAUAACAGAACAGACAGUAAAGAAACAGACACUACCAACCGUGCCUCUAAAUCGGAGCAACACACACACACAGACAACAUCACGAUCUCCAUUCAAGACACAACCAACGAAAUCGGCGAUCAUCUCAUUGCUAAUAUGUCAGAACAAUCGGACAAUAAGAUGGACAGAACAGAGAACGACGAUGCCAGUCAAUCUGUGAGUGAUGUUACACAUCAAUCUAUCAGCAAUCAAGCGACCAAUUGCAGCAAUGGCGACCAUAUCAAUGAUAUUGAUGGUUUGGUGAUGGAGCCAGAGUGUGGUGUAACACAGGACUCUACGUUGCCUGUUUCUAAUGUUACUGUGAGAGUCGAUUCUGGUGUGUUGUAUUCGAGUGAGGAAGAUCUCGCUGUUGCACUGUUCGACGACGAGCGACCACCGACUCAGAUGGGAGACGAACAGUUGGUCGUGUUGUCUGAUGUGGAGGACGAGAGCAAGGGAAGUGUCUCACUUGGUUCGUCGACGCGGACACUUGAUUGGCAAGAAAUGGUGUCUCUAUUUGAUGCUGAUGCUGGAUUUCGUGAAUCUACCAGUUGGGCAGACAGAUGUGAAUCACCUCCAGAAACGAGAUCACCUGGGCGAGCCAUCCACCUUCAUCAGAAACUCUCUUCUCCGUCAAGGAAGAGUGACAAAACAGCUGAUGAACACAAGAAAAUGAUAGAAGAAAAACAAGUCAAAGCUCAAUUACAGAGAGAUCGAUUGCAAGAAGAGAAAGCAGAGAAACUACGAAUACACACCAAGAAGGUUCAAGAGGUACGUGAAAUCAAGGACGAGCAGCUACGACAGAAGCGUGUCAACAUGGAGCAGAAACUGCUGCGCGCUGAGCAACUACGUUCAACCAUGUUGCAAGAGAGAAUAAGGAAAGCUCAAGAGGAAGAGAUCAAAGUAAGUGAGAUCGCAUUUAUCAACUCACUUGAAGCCCAGAACAAGAAGAUGGAAAUGCAAGAGAAGCAGCAGGGACAAGAAUCACGGCUGCAAAACAUCGAGGAAGAGAGACAAAGAAAGAGAGAAGAACAACAAGCGAAAGAAGAUGCCGCUCAGGAACGAAAACGAGUUUUGGAAGCGGAAAGGUUGGCUCGACUAGAAGAGAUGAAACAAAAACGAAAGGAACAGGUACAUUCUUGUCAUAUGCUGUUUGAAAGUCUGCACUGGUUGUGUUCAUCUUCACUGUUACGGAACUUCUCGUCUCCAAACUCGAGCAUCGGAUCGAGCCAUCAUCACUCAGGAUUGUCACUUGAUGUUGAGGGCGGCAGUGAUGUUAAUGGCAGUCAGCGGUCUUCGUGUGCGGUUGAAGAGUCGCGUGUGUUGCAAGAACGACUGAAGAGCUUGAAGAAACGAGUGAAAAAAUUGCGACAGAGAAUGAGUUCCAAAGCAACUAGCUAUGAAAGCACACAAGCCAGUGCAGUGCCAUCAACCCUCACUGAUUCACCAAACAAAACCAGAAUCCAGAAAGCCGUCAAGGAAAUUGGUAAGCUCCUUCGAUCUCAGACAGGCGUGGGAGUUUGGCCGGAUAGCAGUGUGGUCUCCCUUGAUAAAGCGAUGAUAAUCUUGAGACAUUCUUUGGAGCAAAACUGUGGAGGUGAUAAAGUUGCGUUUCGAGUGUGUGCCGGCUUUCCGACGUUGUUCCGCGUUCUGUUGCUUGUGGAGACUUGUUCUAGCAAAGUGUGUGGUCCUGGUCCUGGUGGUGUCAAUGCUAGAGAAGGACUUCCUCUUAAGUCUGGCCAUCUGGGUUGUUCACUAAUGUUGAGUAAUAAGCUGGGUUCUGCUGUGGAUUUGCUUGCAUGGAGAUUAGCCUCAUUGCAACAAGGGAAUCGUUUGAGUGGAUUGCCAUCCGACUCAUUGGCUUCAUCAGUAAUGGAGCUGUUAGCAACUUCAAUGGCAGGGAUGUCAGGAGGUGAGCAGUAUACACAGAGUCGAGUGGAUCUUGUGAGUUACCUUGUGUGUCAAGGUGUGGUGGAGAGACUUCAUCUGUUACUGGCAGAAAUCGAGAAACCAAAUGUUGUACAAAGCGACGUCGGAGAGUUUGUGAGGACAUCUCUACAACUGAUGGUCGCUUUGACCGAGAUGAUCCUGCCAAGAGAGGCACCCUUCGACGUCAAGUCUCAGGAUGCUCCACAACUUGCAUCAGCUUUCAGCUACACUAAUCUUCUAGAUAUUCUCCGUCUUCUCUAUGUCUUGCUGCUGCAUGGCGGUGCUCCUCGUUACAGCAGCUGUAGCCCUCAACCACUCAUACAGUCAACAAUCCAUAUCACAACAGAUGCAUUCCGGCUUCUCAACCGGAUAGCUCGACUUGACCUAAACACAGUGCAGACGCGUUUAGGAGCUGAAGGAAAUAGUCUGGAAUUCCGGCAUGUGACGGGAUAUGUUCUGUGGUAUUGUUCUAAGCACAAAAACGAGUCGCUACUUCACGAGGCGAUUGAAUUUGUUGGGUAUUUUGUUGUCAACAAUCCUUCUGGUCAAGCUUUCUUGCAGUCCGGAAGGAGUCCUACUCUUCUCCAGCUUCUCUGCUGUCUUCCUUUCCAAUACUUCAGUGAUCCAAGAUUAACGAGAAUCCUUUUCCCUACUCUGAUUGCCGCCUGUUAUAACUGCCCUGCAAAUAAAUUAAUCUUACAACAGGAGAUGAGCUGUGUCUUACUAGCUACAUUUAUAGACGAGCACGUUUUGCUUAGAAGCUCAACAGCGCCAAUAAACACUGCAUACUGCGACGUGAAAAUGGAUAGCGAUGCCUUUGCAUCUCGUUUCCCAGUCUCAGAAUGGGAGAAGGCCAGCGCUUUCUUGCGUGAAUAGACAAAUGGGGUUAGUCUACUACAAAUAAUCAGUACAAACCGACGCUCUUGGCGGUCAGGCGUGAGUUUGAUUUCUCACUACAACAAUCAGCAGAGGUACUGUACAACGAGACACUGGGUUAUGAACACAAAGACUGGCUCGUUGUCUUCAAA